GUCAGGAUCCUUCUGGGGUCUGCAUCCUUUAGGGGUCAGGACCCUUCUGAGGUCGGGAUCCUGCUGGAGUCAGGAUCUUUCUGGGGUCUGCAUCCUCUGGGGGUCGGGACCCUUCUGGGCUCGCUCCCCGACCUGCAGCCCCGGCUCCCCGUGACUCACAUCCUUCCCCGCUGCCCUCGCCGCCAGCCCGGGGCUGUCCCCACCACGGCCGGGACCCCGCGGCUUCCUCCCCGCCGGCCCCCCACUUGUCGCUGGCAGGGCGGGGUGUCCCCUCGGGGACACGGGGACACCGCGGCGCCCGCGGGCCCUGCGUCAGCACCGGCAGCGGCUUCAAAACGGCGCGGAGGGGAGGAAGUGCGAGCCGGGGCCGGCGCGAUGUCGGAGCUGGAGCAGCUGCGGCUCAGCGACAUCCCCGAGGGCCGGCAGCGGCUGCGGGAGCAGCACGGCAACCUGCUGCGGGUAGCCGACUACUGCCACAGCAACUACCUGCAGGCCGGCGACAAGAGGAAGGCGCUGGAGGAGACGAUGGCUCUGAGCACGCAGUCCCUGGCCAGUGUCACCUACCAGGUCAGCAGCCUGGCCACCGCCUUCCUGCGCCUGCUGGACCUGCAGGCGGCCCAGCUGCGCCAGGUGGAGGCUGAUGUCACCUGCGUGGCACAGAGCGUGGACAUCCACAAGGAGAAGGUGGCGCGGCGCGAGAUCGGCACGCUGACCGUCGCCAGGAGCUGCCGGAGCCUCCCGAAGGUCGUGGCCCCCCCGGAGCCCCCCGUGCUGGAGCCCUACUACAGGAGACCCCUCAACUUCAGCGCGCUGGACCACGUCGGCCACGGGGUCAAGGACACCAGCACGCAGCUGUCCCGCACCGGCACGCUGGCUCGGAAAAGCACCAAAUGCUCCUCGGCCCAGGCUGCGGGAACGCUGGGGAGGAGCAGCCGCGUUCCCGAGCCGGUGCAGCCGCCCGUGGUUCCCGCGGGGAAGCUCCUGGGCGGCUCCUGCGGCUCCUCCCCGCUGCCCCCCAGCUCCGGCGGGACCCCGGCAGCUCCUGCGGAUGGAAUUCCAGCCCCGCCACCACUGCCAGGGCCACCCCUGCUGGCACCGUCCCCUCCAGAGCCACCCCCUCCUGCCACUGCCAUCCCCCCUCCGCCACCCCUCCCUGGGGACCUGCUGCCACCUCCCCCUGGGGACCUGCUGCCACCUCCCCCUGGGGACCUGCUGCCACCUCCCCCUGGGGACCUGGCCGUGCCCCCACCGGAGCUCCCGCCCCCAGCCCCCGAGGACCUCGAGCUGCCGCCGCCACCCUCAGCUGUGCCUGACUUUGGGGACCUGGCCCUGCCACCGCCACCAGCCGCAGAGGACCCCCCGUGGGCCCCGCAGAGCUACCUGUAGGAAGCAGUGGCUCCAUGUGCGUGUCCCUGUCCCCCAGCAGUGGCUCCAUGUGCGUGUCCCUGUCCCCCAGUGGUGGCCCCACUCCCCGACCCGAGGCAGGAGGACACCGAGGACACGGAGCUGGGAACGCAUCAGGGCAGGAGCUGGGGGGCAGCCCUGGAUCCCAACCCUGGAUCCCAGCCCUGCAUCCCAGCUCUGGAUCCCAACCCUGGAUCCCAACCCUGGAUCCCAGCCCUGGAUCCCAACCCUGGAUCCCAGCCCAGAACUGGACCCUGGGCACGGAGCAGAGCUCGCUGUCCCCGUGGGCUCCAGGGAUGUUCCAGCCCCAAAACCCCUCCCCAGAGUGUCCCCUGCCUGUCCCCUGCCAUCCCCUCCUUGUCCCAUGCUUGUCCCCUGCCUGUCCCCUCUCCAUCCCCUGCCAUCCCCUGCUUGUCCCCUGCCCGUCCCCUGCCCGUCCCCUGCCAUCCCCUGCCCAUCCCCUGCCAUCCCCUGCUUGUCCCCUACCAUCCCCUGCCCAUCCCCUGCCUGUCCCCUGCCAUCCCCUGCCCCACCCUGCCCCACCCUGCUGCUCCAUCGCCACCCCCCCACCCCCAGGGCCCGAGGAGCAGGAGCCCCCCGGGUGCAGCCCGGAGCUGCCUCCCAGCCAGGCUGGAUCUGUCUGUCUGUCUGUCUGUCUGUCUGUCUGUCUGUCUGCAAUACAGAGCUCUGUCCGUCUCCCACA